AUGGCGGAGCGGAAGCGAUGGGACAAGCAGCAGGACUUUCAUCCUCCCAGUAGCUCCUCCGCCCUCGAGGCUAAAGCAGAUCCCGUCCUCACAAAGCAGCUUCAGUAUAUAAAAGUACUCGAGGAGAGGAACCGAGUGAAGAAGCGCCUAGCUGCCGCCUCAAAGAAGAACGACCGUCUUCACGAACGCGAAGAAGCUUUCGUAACGGCGUUUAACGUCCCAACACGAGCUGCACAGUCCACUUCGUCGUCCUCUUUAAGCUCAAGAAACACCAGGUCGGCCACGACGAUUCUACCCACAAAACUACCAGGAAAGCUCUCUAAAUGCAAAUCAGCACCGUCCACGACGUUAAACUAUGUUGCGUCCGGAAGCGAAGAGAAGGAGAAGAAUGCA